AAGUUUAUAAAGGUUCUACUAAUCUCUGGCAUAUGCUGUAAUAGAGGAAUCAAUGCAGAGGACAAGGCACACAGACUCCGUUGAUUCUGUCCAUUCUGAAUUGUCCAACUGAUUUUUUGGCAGAUCCUGGCAUGUGACCAGGAUUCACCACCGAAUUUGGUCCACUGGUUCACCCAUCAGAUUCCCCAACCUGGGCCAGGCACUGAUGGGGAGUGCAAUGUAAAUGCUGAUCCAUGCCCUCCUUGUCCAGCUUGAGCUAGGGCAAGGAUAUAUUUGCAGAUCUCCACAAAGAACCGUGAUGGGCCUUCUGCACUUGAUCUUGGUGUCUACUUUCCUCUCAGUUUCCAUGACAUCAGAAUCAUUUCAUGCAAUGGAAGAUGAGGCUUUGGUUGUAAAGUGUCCCCAAAACUGUCAAAAUAGGACCAUCAAAUGGUAUAUCACACAAACUAACCAGCUCAUUCCUGCAGAAGAGGGUGGACGGAUACAUUCCUCUGGACGAUUUCUUUGGUUUCUGCCAACAUCAAAAGAGGACUCAGGAAACUACACUUGUGUUACACGAUAUUCUAAUUAUACAAAACAGUCUACUGUGAGUGUGAUGGUGUAUCCCCACAAACAAGGUAUUUGUUUCCCAAGUUGGAUACGUUAUCCAAAUGACACCGGAACGUUAACUUCUGGAAGAAUAGUUUGCCCUACAAUUGACAAUUAUGCGAAGGCUACUAUUGUCAAAUGGUAUAAGGACUGCAAACCUCUCCAAGGACCACGUGAAAAAUAUUCAAUGGGAGAGAAGUAUCUUUUUAUUAAACGUCCACAAAAAACUGAUGAAGGACAUUAUACUUGCCAUUUUACCUACAUACACAGUGGAAAUGUAUAUAAUGUAUCAGCGACAAGACCCUUUAUAGUUAAAGAAGAAGUGUCUUCACCUAUAUCUCCCCAAAUUCAAUAUCCAACAGACAAUACUGUAAUACAAGUGGAGUUUGGUUCUCCUGUGAACAUUAGCUGUAGAGCCCUUCUGGGGAUUGGAAAGCCAAAUAUAGCUGUUGUUACAUGGGAGGUUAAUGAAAUCAAAGCUGAAUAUCUCAAUACUUCAAGGUUUCGUGAAGACCAUCAAUUUUUUAUGAGACGUGAUCGGGAAUAUUAUGGAGAGUCCACUUUAACUAUUGAGGAAGUAACGGAAGAGGAUCUUCUGUCGAAUUUCACAUGUGUAGCACUAAAUGAAAUAGAAAAUGUAGUGCUCACGGUGACAUUACAGCUCAAAGUGCCUUGUAAGGGAGAUAAUCACAGCACCUACAUAACAAUAGGGGUUCUUGUUUUGUUAGUUAUAAUAGCCCUCUUGCUCAUACUUUACCAGUUUUUCCGAAUUGAUAUUGUCCUACUGUGUCAGGGGAUAUUUAAACCCAACAAAACCCAGGAUGAUGGGAAGAUAUACGAUGCAUAUGUUAUCUAUCCCAAAAAUCGCACUAAUGAAGCUAAUUUUGUGGAAUAUUUUGUUCACCAGAUUUUGCCAGAUGUUCUAGAAAAUAAACACGGAUAUAAACUAUGUAUUUAUGGGCGAGACAUGUUGCCUGGGGAAGAUGCAGCCAAUGCAUUAGAAAUCAGAAUACAGAAGAGCAGGAGACUGAUAAUCAUUCUAACGCCACAGCUAAUUCAGUGUGAGGAAUUUGGUUAUGAACAUCAGAUUGCCUUAUACAAUGCCCUCAUUCAGAACAACAUAAAGGUGAUCCUCCUUGAAAUGGAGACAAUUGGGAACUAUGAGGGCUUGCAAGAAUCCCUCAGGUACAUCAUCAAGCAGCAAGGUACCAUAAAAUGGAAAGAGAAGUACAAAGAAUGCCCACAUGCAUCCAAUUCUAAAUUCUGGAAACUUGUGAGGUAUCAUAUGCCACUGAGACACAAGCCUUUGCAACUCAACUAUGCAGUGUAAAUAGGUAGUUUUCUUAAAUACUGUUACUUUGUCUGUUUGAAUUGUCUGCUCCGGUUUGCUUUCUGUAAAUAUCAGGAUAUAGAUCCUUCUUACUCUACAUAAAAUUUAAAAGAAUGGCAACAAACUAAAAUCCUCUUCCUUACUCCAUCAUUUUUGUGAAGUAAUCAUAUUGUCUAACUGGUGGUCCCUCUAGUCUUCGUCCCCUAAAUUCUUCUUCUUGUCUUAUCAUCUCACUAUAUCAUAUCUAAUACUGGUUCUAAUUCUGGGUUCUACUAUCUUUGUGGUGCUACAUUGACAUGUAUCUGAUAGCAGGAUCAGAGGGGGGAGGGAUAG